GGUAGCGAACCACGCCGAAGCGCUUCUCGGUGACGGGCAGAUAUUGCAGCCAAUAGCUAGGCACGUCGCCUUUCCGUCCCGCCUUCCCCCGCGCCCGUUGACGGGCCGCCGCUCGGCUCGCCGGCCCUUGGCCCAGGGCCGCGCUGCUUUCCGAGUGCCGUCUUGCGUUCUGCUCACGCUGGACCAUCGCCUUCCCCUAAGCACUCUAGCGGAGGGAGCAUGAGCCAUCUGCAGAACUUACUGUUGGAUACUCUGCUGGGAACAAAGCAUGUUGACAGUGCAGCCCUCAUCAAGCUCCAAGAACGAAGCUUGUGUGUAGCAUCACCAGGAUUUAGUAUGAUGCCUCAUGACAUCCAAACACUUGUGAAUGGAUUCGCCAAGAACCCUUUGCAAACUAGAAGAGAAGGAUUGUAUUUCAAGGAAAAGGACUACAAAUGUAUCCGAGCUGAUGACUAUUCACUUUAUGCUAAGAAUGAAAACACUGGUGUGGUUGUUGUGAAGACCCAUCUAUAUCUUCUGGUGGCAACUUACAUUGAAGGCAUGUAUCCUAGUGUCUGUGUGGAAGCCACGGAGAAGCUGGGAGAAUAUCUAAGAAGAAAAGGAAAUUAAGUCACCAGAGGACUAUGAAAGACAGCUCUCAUUAUUUUAAGAAAUAGAUCCUAAAGGGAAAAAAAAAUCAUGCUUUCUUUUGUGGUUGAAAACACUAGGAAGAAGAUACUAAAGAGGAAGAAGUUAAGGGAGCAAUUUUUUUUAUUUCAAGAGAUCUUCUUUUUUCAUUGGAAUUCUUUAUAAGCUAUACUUGGUUUGUUUGUUUAAGUGUUGGUCAUUGACAUGAGUAUGAGAAACCUGCUAUCUGCCCAGGGCAUAUCUGUUGAGAGACUCUUCCCUGAGGGUCUUGUGCUCCCAUACAUCUUGCUGGGUAUGCCAAGAAUGCAAGGCUCUAACAACUCUUCAUCCAGGCCCUUUCUCUGGGUGAUUUUGCAGGAAGCAACUUUGAACAAGGAGGUAAUGCCUCCCUUCAGAACAAAGAGCAAACUUUCUUACUGCUUGCUAUAAAAGAGGUAAGUUCCCUGAACUCAGAGCUGUAAUGCCACUCAUUACAUAUGUGACAUCCACUGGUCCACACCACCCCUGUAGGACUUGGGGAGAAGGGCAACACAAAAGCCACACUUUGGGCCACAAGUCAAGGUAUUUAACAGAUGUUCCAUGCUCCCCACCACCUACAGGCAUUGGAUUUUGUUGAACAUGGGGAAGGCCUUUCAAAAGUCAACUCAAAAGAAUUUUUAAAGAAUCAACUCAAAAAGAUUUUUUACUUCAUCUUCUUGACUUCCUCUUAGUUCACAUAACUUAGUAUGGUUAAAGAAUGUGACCUUCUCCAGAAAGGGUUCAUCUCCUCUUGGUCACUUACUGGGUGAUCAGGACAAUAAGGGUAGGGAGCUAUAGAGAAAAUUUUCUAUUUUGAA